UACUUGAAACCACAAUGGAUUAAUGUGCAAUUAAAAUAUUUCUACCUGGUCCUUAUAUAUACGCAUAUUUCAAAUCCAAAACCCCAAAUCAGCUCCUAAAGAACAUUCAAUUAAACACAAUACCGGAAUCGAAUCGACCCCAAUCAGUCAUACACACACACCGUAAAGAGAGAGCAUGGCGGAACGGAGGAGAGGGGAAGAAGAGGGUGGUGGCGGAGUCGUUGGGAUGGCUGACGGAAUCCAUCAAAUUAUUGCCACAACAGAAUUCAACCUUCGCAGCUCAGAUCAAUAAUACCUGAUCCCCGCCGUUGAUUGAUCGGCCGAUCGAUUGAUACCGGAGCCAUGAGCGAAGAAGGAGGGAAGAGCAGAGGCGCUGCUGCCGCCUCCGGCACCGCGCAAGAGCCGGUGACGCCUCCGAACUAUUACUACGGCACGUUUCAAGGAGCGUCUUAGAUGGUUGUGCCCGGGCUGCUUAAGUUUUAUACAUUCCCUUACCAUGAAGACGGAGAGCGAAAUCUCAGAGGGAAUGAAAUCUAAUAGUUUUGAAUCGACCCUUAAGGGAGCAUCGGCUACCCUGCUGUGGUAUGCGGCUGGAUGGUUCUUGUUCAUUGUUGGUUUCUUUCUUGGUGCCAUCCCCUGGUAUAUCGGAGCUUUUCUGCUUUUGUGUGUCCGAAUGGAGUACCGAGAGAAGCCUGGACUUAUUGCGUGCACAUUAGCUUCGAUACUCGAGCACAUUGAAGUGAAACGGUUAGGAUAUCACUUCGAACGGGUCAGUAAACGAGUAAGCUUCAUACCUUGUAUAACAAGUAGUUGCCAACCCAAACAAAAUCCGACCUCCAAUUCGUCUAGGACAAAGCUCAAGCAAGCGGUCUCCGGCAGCAUGAAGGCAAGCAAUGCAAUCUGUAGCCGUCGAUUGGUAGUGGCAAACCGCAUGACCAUAAACGGCACCAUCAGGAGAAUUCUCGUAUUUGUUGAAAUUCUGUGUUUCCGGUGUAAAGAUUUGUAGCUUAGCAAGAACAUCGUUUAAGGAUGUUUCAAAGUUGCUGUUUGAUGGAUACUCUUGGCCAUUGCAUUCGAAUACCUCAAGCCCAUCAAUAGAAGAGGCUUUCUGGCUUCUCACCAAACAACAAAGCCCCAAAAGCAGUAGCAAUAUUGUCACACCUUUCAUCUUGUGCUCAACUUUUUCUUGCUUUCUUGCUUGACUGUGUGGAUUUGAGACUUGCCCCCUCAGUCUGAGUUUAAAUAAGAUUCGUGUUGUGUUGUUUAGUCAUAGGUUUUUACGUUGGUUUGUAGUAUUAUCUACUUUAAGAACAUGCUUAAUGAGUUAAUGGUAUUUCUUAGAAGCUAUGUAACUUUGUCCUUGAAUGUUUAACUUGUUGGCAAAAUGCCGGCCAACGUUUUCUAUUGCUCCCAA